GCUGGUUUCCGUGAUAAUUUUAGUUCUCUAGAAACAAACAUAACUGUAGUAAGUGCCUGGGUUACCCUUGCAAACAGGCAGAGCAUCCUGCAGGUUUUUUUCAUUUGAACGCACAGCAGCAACUUCCUAUGACACAAGCAGGAAUGGCAGCAGGAUUUACUGUAACCUUUUAUCUAUUUUAAAAGAUCAAUAGGAAGUGUCAUUGCAGCAAGAGAUUUUUGUAUUUACAAAGAGCGAGCGGAACAUCUUAACCAGUAGGUGCGGUGAAAGAAUGAAGAACGCACUAAAUAGCAUUUAAUUUUUAUUGUCACCCUCUUGCUUUCCUUCACUUUGAAAGUCAGUGAAUGUGACAGCACUUUUGAAAAUGGCAAAUGAGACUGAUUUAUCGUAUACCGCAGCCUAUAUUACAGUGGAAACUGUGAUUGGAAUAUCAUCUGUCUUGGGCAACAUCCUAGUCAUCUGGGCAGUGAAACUGAACUCAAGCCUUCAGAACACAACUUUUUUCUUCAUCGUUUCAUUGGCAUUCGCUGAUCUUGCCGUUGGAGUCCUGGUUAUGCCCCUGGCCAUUAUAGUUAGCCUAGGAAUGAAGUUACCUUUUUACAGCUGUUUGUUUAUGUGCUGUCUAAUGAUUAUAUUAACCAAUGCAUCCAUCCUAUCUCUGCUGGCAGUUUCUAUUGACAGAUACCUGAGAAUUAAGAUACCCACUCGGUAUAAAAUUGUGAUUACACCAAGACGAAUUUAUCUGUCCAUCUGGUUUGUUUGGAUAUUAUCCUUUUUGGUCGGGCUGGUUCCAAUGUUCGGAUGGAAUAAAAAGUUAAACUCAGACUACCUGGAAUGCCAGUUCGUUGAUGUUAUGAGGAUGGAUUACAUGGUCUACUUUAAUAUUAUUGGAUGGGUUUUUCUUCCCAUGUUGGUUAUAUUGGCUUUAUAUAUUGAAGUUUUCUAUCUAAUCAGAAAACAUAUCAGAAAAAACAUUUCAAAUACUGGGAAAAGGGGAGUUUUCUAUGGCAAGGAAUACAAGACUGCAAAAUCCCUUGCCCUGGUUUUUUUUCUAUUUGCAAUCAGCUGGUUGCCGUUGUCUAUUUUUAAUUUUUAUAUUUACUAUACUGAAGGCACUCAACGUUCCAGUGCAUUUAAGUGGUUCAUAUCUGUAGCCAUACUGCUGUCCCAUGCCAAUUCAGCGAUGAAUCCCAUUGUCUAUGCAUUUAAAAUCAAGAAAUUUAAAGACUCAUAUUCCCAAAUUAUAAGAACAUAUAUACUACACAAAGUGAGUGAAAGUUCGAGUGGGGAGCACACGUUGGAUGAGAUAUCUCAAGACUGUGUGGAAUGACUACCGUAUAUGCCCACUAUCAUACUAUUUUUUUUCUAUAUUAUUUUAUAAAUAUAUACCCUGCAUUACCAACAAUAGUGUAAAACAAAAAUAAGUGUAUGUUGCCACUAACCCACUGUCAUAUGUUGCCACACCAACUGGAAAUUAGUAUACAAAAGUGCAGCGCAACCAAAACAAACGCUCUAAUUCAGACAAUCAAUAUAAAAUACACUUCCGUGCCUGUAUGCAAAACUCAGUGCUUAUUUACAAUACACACAAGUGUAACAAAAAUAAAAUAAAUUAAAAAAAUAUUGAUCAAAAACAAACCAAAUUAUUGUGCAAGAUUUCUCCUUUUGUUCAACAAUACACUGUCUGCCACCACAAGCUGUGCUAACCAGAGGAGGAAGAUGGAUGACCAAUUGAGGAUAAAUCUGGAGAACAUUCCUGGAUUGAUUACCAGCCCUUGUUUAAGGACAAGGCCUACAUUCACUAUACCAAAGUGUAUAUUAUAUUGUAAAAAAAAAAAA